AUGUCGUUCAUGAUGAAGGCCAUGUUGGGGAGUAAGUUGAAGGAUAUGACUGGAGGAGGAGGAGGAGAGGUUGAGGUGCCAGCAGGCGAUGUGAAGGAGACCCCUGAGUCUAAAGGAAUGUCCAGAGAGGAGUUUGAGGACUACCAGCGACAGCUUAUAGAGGAGAAGAUGGAGCGGGACAAGGAGUUUGCCACAAAGAAGGCGGAGAGGGCCAACCUGAGGUCCUGCCUGCGGGACAAGUACCGCCUACCUGAGAGUGGCCAGGACGAAGCCAUGGUGAAGAUGGCGGGAGACGACCUGGAUCUCCCUGAGGACCUAGCCAAGAUGGUGGAUGAGGAUGAGGAGGAGGAGGCGGUGAAUGACUCACUACUAGGACAGCUACAUCAACUGCAGAACAUGGACAUGGACCAGCUGAAGAACAAAGCCCAGACCACCAUGACAGAGAUACAACAGGUGGCUGAGGAGAAGUGUGUCGUCAUGUGA